AUUUUUUGAUUGUGACACAAUAUAUGAAUGAAGUCACCGAACUGAUUGUGACUGUCUGUUUGUUGGGUUAAUGUCGAUAUAUCUUCAUUCCCAUAGUAACAAUUAGUUGUAAAGCAUGUUGUCUCAACAAACAGGACGAAAAUAGAAUGAAGAAAAGAAUGGAUCCAACUUGAUUGACAAAUGGAUGGUGCCAUGCUGAGUUCAUUUCGUCUAGGCCAUCGAUGAGGUGUUUGAUGAGGAAAGAAACCUGUUAAUUUACUAUCAGGAUAACAAGGAUUUAGCUUAGGAUCUUACAAAAAAUAAAAUAAAAAAGAUGUCUGCAGCUGCCACACUGAGGAGCAGGGAACAGCCCCCUCAGCCACCUAUGUAUUCUGCCCCAGGGACAGGAUCUGUCCAGCUUGCUGGUGAGACGACAUAUCACGGUAAUGUUGGUAACGAUAUGGGUAUUGCAACUAUGGGUUACCGGUCACAAAAAUACACACCUCCAGAGUGGCAUGAGUCUAACUAUGCCAAGUAUUACCAAAGUUUUGUUGAUAGAGACAGUUCAGAGAGAUCCCGCCAUGAAGCUAAACGCACCAUUAAUGAAACAGAAGCACAAACGAACAAAACACAAUCGGAUGUCACCGAUGAAUUACAGAAACGACUUCAAGAUAUCAACUUUUGGAAGUUUGAAUUAAAUCGUGAAAUUGAUGACACCAUAGAAGAAACAGAUAUUCUAUUAGAUCAAAAGAAAAGGCUUGAGAAUGCACUUAGAGCCACAGAGAUACCACUUCAUAUAGCAACUGACAACUUGAACUGUCGCCAGAGGAGACAGGGAGUCGAUUUAGUCCAGGAUGAACCAGAAUUAUCCCUAUUGAAGGAGGUAGAAAUUAUCAACAAUGUACAGGAUCUGCUGAGAAAGACGAUAGAACAAGCAGACAAACAAGUCAAGCGUAAUCGUGAUGCAAAGCAAGACUUGGAGAUGGACUGGAGUGACAAAGUUGAAGCUGAAGAGAUCGACUCAAAAUGUGGAGUUCUCCGCAAUUUCCACACCAAUAAGCAAUUCCAUGCUGGAGCUGCUAAGUUUGAGGAAAUCCAAUCUACGCCAGAGUCAUGGGCCCAGUUCUCUCAUGAUAACAUCGCUAGAGCAGAACACGAGAGGAUGGCAUCAAUUCAGUUGCGUACAUUGAUUGAUAAUGUUCUUCAAGACACGUCACGUGAUAUGCGCGAACAGGCUGAUGCUGCUGAAACCUCAUUAGCUAAGAGGUUGGAUGAAGAAGAAGAUGCAAAGGCUAAACUGGAAGAUAACCUGAAAAAGACGUGUGAUGAAAUUGCUACACUAGAGAAGAAUAUUCGUGAUGUGAAGCAAGCGAUCAAAGACAAGGAGAACCCAAUGAAGGUUGCUCAGACAAGAUUGUACCACAGAGCUAACAGGCCAGGAGUUGAGCUUUGUAGAGACCCAGUGCAAUACAAACUUGUUGGUGAGGUCCAGGAAAUUGGUCAGUCUGUUGAUGCACUUAUGCAGAAACUCAACGAUGAUGAAAAUGCACUUAAAAACUUACAGGACACUAGAUUAGCUUUAGAAAAGGAAAUUAACAUCAAGAAGAACUCAAUUUUCAUAGACCGCGACAAGGUGUUGUCUCACAGAACCAGAUACCCAACCUCGACUAAAUUGCAAGGAUACCAAUAGAUUGUUUACUAUAUGUAGCAUAAAACCUUUUCAAUAAUCAGACUUUUUGUGUAAUAUAAUAUCAAAUAAGGUUAUUUUUACUGAAAGGAAAUACAUUUUCAUAUUUUAUUUGGUCUUUUGUACCAAUCAGGGUUACAAGAUUUAUUGUGAUCAUGUGACAGUUAUAGUGAAAUGCACUGUCAAAGUAAUUUACCCAUUUGAUGUUUGUAUAUUUAUGAUUAUAAUUACAUGUUUCUACUUAUAUACGCAACAUUUUGAAUAUCAAUAUCCACUUAUAUUUUGUAGUGCCAUAUAAUGCUCUCAAACAACUUCUGAUCAUGAGAUAAUGUCAGUAUUAAUUUGGAUACUGUUGAUAUAAGUCAUCACUUUCUCUGAUAUAAAGAAUAUUUCAAGUUAAUUUAUGGUAAGUGUAUAAAUGUAAAUAGGCACACGUCCCUUUAUGGCGUAGCAUGUACAGAUACGUAUAAAGCAUGUUCAUGCUCAUUGUUUUAUAUAAACGUAAAAUAAAUGCGAAAUUCUAUAAAAAAUAUAA